AUGCGCGUGCCUUUCCAUGUGGCUCGGCGUUGGGAACAGAAGUUCAAGAGACCGCGCUGCUCCUUCUCCCGCAUUCACUGGGGUGUCUUGCUCUGCAAGUGCAGUUGCAGGCGGUUCGGGAGCGCAGCCCCAGACCUGCCGCCCGCCGCUUCUGUGCCUCUGCAUCUGCCACCGUGGGUCCCAAGUUCCAGUGACUUCUGUCCCCCCCUCUCCGCUCUGCUCCCCGUGUGUCCUGAAGAAAGGGGACCUGCUCCCGAGAUUUUCCACGGCAAAGUUAACAUGUUGACUGGAAGUGUAAUGUUACAGGUGAUGAUAGCAUUUGAAGACCUGGCUGUGUACUUUACCUGGGAGGAAUGGCAGAACAUGAACAAUGCUCAGAAAAUCCUGUACAGAGAUGUGAUGCUGGAGACCUACAGCAGCCUCUUCUCCUUGGGGCACUGCAUUACCAAACCUGACUUAAUCUUCAAGUUGGAGCAAGGAGAAGAGCCAUGGAUGGUGGACAAAUGCUUGAAUCAGAGCCUUUCAGUGGUCAUGAAAAUGGAUGACCUGAUUAAGAUCAACCUGGAAAGUCAGGACAAAAAUCUGAAUCAGGAUUUUAUGAAAAAUAACAAGACAUCAGCUCACAAGAGAGUUGAAUUAAGAAAAACCCUUAGUUUAAAUUCAAGCCAUAUUCCAACAAUGAUUAUUAAAAAGGGAAUCUAUUCAGGAUUGAAUCCUGAGGAAUGCAAUAAAUGUCACACUGUGUAUCCCCACAGUGGGCCUGAUCAACUACAGGCUGGAGAGAAAUUUGAUAACACUAAGAUACCUGGAAAAUCUCUUCACUUCUGUGAGCCUCUUAGUCAGUAUGACAAUAUUCACAUCAUGAAGCAGCCAUUUGGACCCACUGGACAAGCAAAAGUCUUCACAAGAAAGAUGUUCUGUAAAUCUGAGAGGGUUCAUAUGGCAGAAAACUGUAAUAAAUCAACUGUCACUUUUGGAAAAACAACUCAAAUAGAAAAAGCUAUCCAUGAAAAUUCUAGCCUCAAUAUGCAUCAACAAACUCACACAAGAAAGAAAUUUUAUAAGUACAUUAAGUAUGUUGAACCUGUCAUUCACCAGUCACAUCUUACAAUAAAUCACAGACUAAAUACAAGGGAAAAACUUUACACAUGUAACCCUUGUGGAAAAUCACUCAGUAUUAAUUCACCUUAUGAAUGUAAUGACUCUGGAAAAGACUUUGGACAAAAGUCAGUCCUCAGGAAAUGUCAACAAAUUCACACAGGAGAGAAAUCACAUGAAUGUAGUGAUUGUGGAAAAGCCUUUACACAAAAGUCAUACCUCAUAAACCAUCAGCGAAUUCACACAGGGGAGAAACUUUAUAAAUGCUUUCAUUUUUGGCUGGCACACUUUCCCUUGGAUACUUAA